AUAAUAAGCUGCAAGCUUUUCAGAUAAAUUAUUUGGUGUUUUCUUUGUUGAGCCGUGCUUAUAAUUUCAUAGUAUAGAUGCUGCAGAAGUUUAAGGUCAACUUCUUUAUGUUUUCAAAUCGUCAAGAUGAAGUAUAUCCAACAACACUUUACCCAAAACAUCUUACAAAAACCACAAGGAAAUUGUUGUCGAUUACUAAUAACCUAUUCUAAUAUUCUGAUUGAAAUAUUUUUCAAUUUUCGUGGCCUACACGUAUAGGAAAGUGUCAGAUAUAUUGAUUCCAUAUUCUAUAUGGUUUGCUAAAUUCAGUUGAUUUCCAUUUUUUCCAGCAAUUCAUUGAAUUAAGGAAAUAAACCUAUGUUCUUUUUAAGCUGUACUACAUGGUUUAUUGCGUUUUUAUGGCUAUUUGAGGGAAUUCUUGGAUAUGGAGUCAACUCGACUGAAUUACUCGAGUUGAGAGAACUUACUCGAGAGUUGUUUUAUCAUGGGUACGACAAUUAUUUGAAUUUGGCAUUUCCGCUUGACGAACUAGCUCCCUUGUCUUGUAAAGGUUUAGGACCAGACUUUAAAAAUCCCCUUAAUCUUGGCAUCAAUGAUGUUCGUGGAAAUUACCUUUUAACCCUGAUAGAUACUAUAGAUACCUUGAUCGUUUUGAAUGAUCGCCAAGGCUUUCAUGAAUCUAUUCAAAGGAUCAUUCAACAUUUGUCUUUUGAAACUGACACGAAAGUUCAAAUAUUUGAAGCUACUAUUAGGAUUCUGGGAGGACUAUUGUCUGGUCAUAUCUUUGCUUCUAACCCAGAGUACGGGUUUCAACUUCCCGGGUAUAAUAACGAGUUAUUGGAUUUCGCAACCGAACUUGGUGAGCGUCUUUUGCCUGCCUUCCGGACACCUACGGAAAUCCCUUUUGCGAGGAUAAAUUUGAUGAAAGGAGUGUCUCCUGAAGAGACCAACGAGUCUUGUUCUGCCGGAGCAUCCAGUCUCAUGCUUGAAUUCUCCAUGCUGAGCAUUCUUACUGGAGACCAGAAAUUUCGAAAGGCAGCUGAAAAUGCCUUUUUUGCCAUAUGGAAUCGGAGAAGCAGUAUUGGUCUUUUAGGAAACAGCAUUGAUGUAAUGAGUGGAAAAUGGAUUUAUCCAGUUUCAGGAAUUGGCGCUGGGAUUGACAGUUUUUAUGAAUACGCUCUCAAAUCGUACAUCUUACUUGAUGACGUACGAUUUCUUGCUGUCUGGGAAGAGUCUUUGAGCAGUAUUCGUCAAUUUAUGUCUUCGACAGAAAAUCAUUACUAUCAGAGCGUUUAUGCAUAUAGUGGGACCACCGCAAGUUACUGGGUUGACUCAUUGGGGGCAUACUUUCCCGGGUUACUAGUCCUCGCUGGCGAACUAGAAUCUGCAAAGAAAUCGCAUCUAUACUAUUUUUCAAUUUACUCAAAGUAUGGACAGAUUCCUGAACGAUUUAACGUUUAUACCAAGACCAUAGAACUACAAGGGUACCCAUUGAGACCGGAGUUUGCUGAAUCCACUUAUUAUCUAUACCGUGCCACUCGAGAUCCGUUUUAUUUGAACGUAGGAAAGACGAUUCUAAACAAUAUAGAAAAAAAUCUUCGUACGUCAUGUGGAUUUGCUUCCUUGGACAACCUUGAAACAGGUGUACGUUCCGACCGAAUGGAGAGUUUCUUCCUUAGCGAGACCUUGAAAUAUCUGUAUUUACUAUUUGAUGAAGAGAAUAUAUUUCAUUCAAAAUUUCAAGACUUUCUUUUUACUACCGAAGGCCAUUUAUUACCCAUCAAUAGACAAACACAUGAAGCCCUUGACUUUGACCAACAUCGCCAUCCGGGAACAUGUACGUUAGAUUCUGAUGACCAUUCUAUACAGCCUUUAUUUUUUUCUAAAGUUGCGUCCCGAGAAGAUUUCGACUUUAUUUUUCAAAUGGUCGAGUCCAACUGUGAUGGAAUUGCCGAGGAUUUAAUUGAUCCUUAUGGAAUUUGCGCAAGACCUAUGAUUGCAGAUGUCGUAGAGGUUCUUUACGGAAACGUUUUAUUACCGCCAUUUAAGCCAACAAGACGUGUCAUGAACGACAUAUACGUUCCAACAUUGAUCGGGAACAGAAUUCGCUUGAUAAAAUAUAUCGAUAAUGAAAACUACAGUAUUUUUAAAAUUGGAGCGGAAAAGGUAGAAAAGAACGAUACGGUCUACUUGACUGACCCUAAUUACGCAAUGUUUAUGAGUAGAGAUGCCCUGUAUGCGACAACCGCUUUUGUGCACAUAGUCUCUUCUACGGGAGAAGAAGCUUACUCCGAAUUUCUUCAUAUUCAUGAAGGAUCUUUUCUGCAACCAUUUCAAUUUCCGUUGAUAACUUUGAACUACAGUUUGUGCGACAAAUUGCCUGUAUCUUUAAAGUCGGAUAUGGCUUAUAUAGCUCCUACAGGUAACUGCAGUUGGCUGCAGCAAGCAAAAAAUGCACAAAAAGCUGGAAUGCUCUUACUAUUGGAUCAAGGUUCCAAGGUCAACAAAACUGAACUGAUGCGAGAUUCGCCUUCUUCCUACUUUUUCGGCUUGAUUAAGCCUUAUGUGCCUCCAACGGUACACCUUGAUAUGAAUCAAGGUUAUGUUCUCCAAUGGAACAACAUGACUGCGCAAAGGAUUCACAAAGACGCGCCUUGUUAUUUUCAAAACUCUUUAAUUGAAAACUUGUAUGUGUGUGAAACAUGCUCAGAAGAACAAAAAGUAUACUAAUGGAAAAAUGGGUAAUACUGAGUACUUUACUCUGCUUAUUUAUUUGUUUCAGGUAUGACUCUAUAAUAAAAAGACUGAUAAAUUAUCUACAACGAGCAUACUAUAAUUUUCAGUUAAAAAAUUACAUGGAGAAUCUCUUAAAACCAAUAGUUCUAUUGCGAAAAGAGUGCUCUUCAAGAUCUAGUAUACAAGCAAAAUUACUAUCCAAAAACACAAGGAGCACCUGGUCAGUGUUAUGAAAAUUUGAAAAACCCACAAGAAGCCAUUACCACCGAAAAUUCCUUAAUAAACAAAUAUGAAAGCUUAGAUGGUUUAAGCGAAUUCGCUGCCCUUAGGAGCCUCAGAUUGACCACUGAAAAGAGUGAAUGUAGGAGCUUUAAGGCGUUUACGACCUUCCAAAAAGCCCAAUUCCAUUAGGAAAACGUGACCCAACAAACUACCAUUCAAUUGCAAAAUGAGUUCAUCGGCAGCCAAAGCAGUACCACCAGUAGCCAAGAUGUCGUCAACGAUCAAGACUCGUUGGCCAGGCUUGAUGGAGGAUUUUUGCAUAGCAAAAGCAUCUUCAUCGUAUUCCUUCUUGAAAGUAAUAGUGGCUAAAUCACCAGGGAGUUUGUUGGGUUUACGGACGGGGACGAAUCCAGCAUUCAAACGCAAAGCCAAAGUAGGACCGAAAAGGAAACCACGAGCUUCCAAACCGACAACAACAUCAAUUUCCUUAAAUUCUUUUUGAAUAAGUUCGACUAACAAAUCAAUGAGGAUGCCAAAGGACUUUGGGUCAGAGAAAAUGGGCAUGAUAUCUUCGAAAAGGAUUCCCUUCUUAGGGAAAUCGGGAUAUUGAGCCAAUUUAGAGCGGAGAAAUUGAAUACGAUCGGUAGACAUUAUGGUUCAAAAAGAAAGAGGAAUGAGGGAUAAGAAUUGAAUAAUUUGCCAAGUUUGGCGCUUGUUUAUUUUUUAAAAUUUUUUGUCUUUCUACGACAGGUAGCAGGACUGCUUUUAUUCAAGUAACAUUUCUUGAAAACGAAAGCGCGAAGCAUCAGUAUUCAUUAUUGGAAGCUAAAUCUAUGUAUGUUAUUUGUUAUUUAGAAUUGUUUUCAUCAGGAAAAAAAAAAAAAACACCAUUUCUCAGGUCAUGGAUUUAUAUGCACUUGUACUAGGGGAAGAAAUAAAUAAAACAAGGAUGAAAAAGUAGAGAUUACAAAAAUCCGUUGAAGCAUCCUA